ACACACUGCAACACACACACAAAAAACGGUGUAGCUUUCGCCGUCAUCUUCUCCGCUGGAGAAAAAGCCAAUCAGUGAUAAUGGCAGAACACCAUCACAAAGAGCAAAAACCAAUCUCGUAUGAAAAAUGUAAUAAACCCAUAAUUUCAUCUUCUUCGUCAUGCUCUUUCACGGCACUCAUCGUCCUUCUCAUCUUCCUCUCCUAUUUCUUAUACUCGUUCAGUUUCAUGUCGUUUCUAAAUCCGUAUUCUCCUUCUAAAAUCACUAAUUCUUUCCUCGUACCUGUAAUCCGACUCGGGUCGGGUCAGAAACCGGUGGAAGAAACAGAGCUUAAGCACAUCGUAUUCGGAAUCGCCGCGUCCUCCGAUCUAUGGAGGCGUCGGAAAGAAUACGUGAAAAUAUGGUGGAAACCAAACGGAGAGAUGAAGGGCGCCGUUUGGCUCGACAAGCCCGUGAAGGGCAACGCCUCUUCGCCUUCCUCGGCCUUGCCUGAGAUCAAGAUCUCCUCAGACACGUCGAGUUUCAAGUAUCGUUACCGGAACGGUCACAGAUCGGCGAUCAGGAUCACCAGGAUCGUAUCGGAGACGGUGAGGAUGUUGAACGGAACCGAAUCUGAGAGAAACGUGAGGUGGUUGGUGAUGGGGGACGACGACACCGUGUUUUUCUCGGAGAAUCUAGUCAGGGUUUUGAGAAAAUACGACCACAAGCAGUUCUAUUACAUCGGAGCUCCGUCGGAGAGCCACUUGCAGAACCUGCAUCAGUUUUCAUACGGAAUGGCGUACGGAGGAGGUGGGUUCGCGAUAAGUUAUCCGUUGGCCAAGGCCUUGGAGAAGGUGCAAGAUCGGUGUAUUGAGAGGUACCCUGAUCUGUACGGCUCCGAUGAUCGGGUUCAUGCUUGUAUGACGGAGAUUGGUGUUCCCCUCACUCGAGAAGUUGGAUUUCAUCAGUUUGAUGUAUAUGGGAGUCUCCUGGGUCUUUUAUCGGUACAUCCACAAGCGCCAAUAGUCUCAAUCCAUCACCUAGACGUAGUGACGCCUAUAUUCCCGAAGACAGACCGAGUCAAGGCCGUGAAAAGGCUCAUGAUCGCAGCGAAACUCGAUUCAGCUAGCCUCGUCCAACAGUCGAUAUGCUACGACACAACCCGCCAGUGGACAGUGUCUGUGUCGUGGGGAUACACGGUCCAUAUCACACGGACGUAUAUGCCAGCAAGGAUGAUGGAAGUGCCCACUCGCACUUUCAACGACUGGCACAAACGUCACGAUUUCACCAAUAUUGCUUUCAACACACGUCCCAUAACCUACACUGCCUGUCAGCGUCCGCGCGUGUUUUACAUGUCGCAUGCGAUCAAUGAUUCUUCUUCGGACACGACGAUUAGUGUGCAUUUGAGGCACAACGAGUGGAAUCCUAAAUGCGAUUGGGGAAUCGCUGAUCCUUCUAGUAUCAAUCGCAUCAUCGUCUACAAAAAGCCCAACCCGGAUAGGUGGAAUAAGGCUCCAAGGAGGGAUUGUUGUAGAGUAAUGCCUACAACGAUGAAGGGAACUAUGGUGGUCAAUGUGACAGCUUGUGCAAAUGACGAAAUUGUUGCUUAUUCUGAUAAGUAGUUUUUUUUUUUUUUUUUUUUAUGUUUACUUCACAAGGAGGAGUUGUUUUCUUACAAGAAAUUCGUUUGAAUCAAGAAAAACUUGGUGUUUUUUUAGUGUAGUGACACUUAGGAAUUAAAAUUUUAAAAGAGAAUUAUCAACUAUUUAAUUAUUUUGAAAAAUAUACACUUCAUCUAAAUACAUAUGAAAUUAUGAAUCAAUAAAUGCUCAUUUG